UUUAGACAAUAUGUGUAAUGUUUGUUUAUAUUAAUUGUUUAAGAUUAGCGUUAAAAAUAGUAAAUAAUGAGUGAUUUUACAAAUGCAACAGAAGCUGCUUCUCUCGCCGUUAGAUUUGAUCAAACGGGACAAGUUGAUAAAGCGGUAGAAUGUUAUAGGACUGCAGCCAGGCUUUUGGAUAGAGUUUGCGAUCAUGUACCGCCAGAAAAGCAAAUUGAAAUACGAAAAAAAGUUAAGGAGUACCUCGAGAGAGCUACUUUUUUACAGGAACAAAAAGAUAGAGCCCAACAAGCAGAAAGUGAGCGUGGAAUGCAACAAUGUUAUUUCCUAAUGCAACAAGCGUUAGACGCGGAUGAGGCCAGCUUGAAGGACUUGGCAUUACAGUUGUACACACAGGCAGUUGAACUGGCUGUCAGUAUGAAUACAAGUGAUCCUGAUGUAAAACAGAAGGUAAAAAAUGUUGCUGCACAAGCUUUGGACAGGGCAGAGGAGUUAAAAGGCAUCAAGAAAAUCAGUGCAUUGUCAAUAAAUGAACCUGAAAAACCAGCAGUCUCUCCAAGAGCGCAAUUACAAAGAGAACAAAGUGUACAUUUAAAAGUGACGGGCAAGCAAGUUUACACAGAGGAAGAAAAGGAAGUACUACGGCAAACUUCAAAUAUAAAUGACAACUGUUUUCUACCAUUUAUGGAUGUAGAUUAUUCGGAAAAGUUUCAAUAUGCGUUACCAUUUGAAGAUAAAGCGAGCAAAUUGAAGCUAUCGUCUAAGCAGGAGAAAGAAUUUGAUUGUUGGGUGCGACCGCAUGAAGUAUCAGUUGAUCCUAAAAUGAUUGUCGGAGAACAUGUUGAUUGUUACAGUAUAAAACAGACAGUAGUAUCAGAUUGUUCCUUCGUCGCGUCUUUGGCUGUUAGUGCUUUAUAUGAGAAGCGAUUCAAUAAGAAAAUAAUAACUUCAAUUAUAUACCCAAAGAAUAAGAAUAAAGUUCCAGUAUAUAACCCAUUUGGUAAAUACAUGGUCAAAUUACAUUUGAAUGGAGUGAGAAGAAAGGUAAUAAUUGACGAUCGUCUACCUUACAGCAAGUACGGUCGUCUUCUAUGUUCGUACUCGAGUAACAAGAAUGAAUUCUGGGUGUCAAUAUUGGAGAAAGCGUAUAUGAAAGUGAUGGGCGGUUACGAUUUCCCCGGCUCUAAUAGUAACAUAGAUCUGCACGCGCUGACGGGUUGGAUCCCGGAGCGGUGCGCGCUGCGCAGUAAUGACGCGGACUUCAACGCGGGCGCGCUGUACGAGACGCUGCGCACGCGCACGGCGCGCGGCGACCUGCUGGCCACCGCCGCCACUGGCGCGCUCGCCGACUCUGACGCGGAGCGCACUGGCUUGGUGCCCUCGCACGCGUACGCUGUCCUUGAUGUGCGCUGUGUUAAUGGAGUGAAACUACUAAAGCUAAAGAACCCGUGGUCGCACCUGCGCUGGCGCGGGAACUACAGCGAGCUGGACACCGCGCACUGGACUGGCGAGCUGCGCCGCGAGCUGCGCUACGACCCCGACAGCGCGGCGCAGUACGACAACGGAGUCUUCUGGAUAGAUUACGCCAGUAUACUGAAAUUCUUCGAUGUUUUCUACCUCAAUUGGAACCCGGAGAUAUUUAAAUACACAUUCUGUAUACAUCAGAAGUGGGAGGCGGGCACGGGCCCCGCUAAGGACGCGUUCAACGUGGGCGAGAACCCGCAGUACGUGCUGCGCGCGCGCUCGCCCGCCGCCGUCUGGCUGCUGCUGACGCGCCACAUCACCGACAUACGCGACUUCCGCGACAACAACGAGUACAUCACGCUGCUAGUCUACAAGAAUAACGGACGGAGAGUCUAUUAUCCAUACGAUCCGCCGCCGUACAUCGACGGCGUGCGGAUCAACAGCCCGCACUACCUGUGCAAGGUGUCGGCGGGGGAGGGGGACAGCUUCACGCUGGUGGUGUCGCAGUACGAGAAGUCGCGCACCAUACUGUACACGCUGCGUGCCUUCGCCACCUGCCCCGUGGCGCUCGACAGGCUGCACCACUACCCCUGCACGAGGACGCUCCGCGGUGAAUGGUCAGGUAGAACAGCCGGAGGGUGCGAGAACCAUCGCGGGACCUACCCCAACAACCCCAAGUUCACAGUAACAGUGGCGGAGGCGAGGUCUCCCUGCGACAUGGUGCUGGAACUUAAGGGGCCCAAGCAGUACCAGAUCGGAAUCGACGCUAGAGUGGAAUCUAUAGACGACCCUACAGUUACUGCACCCUUUUUGAAAGAAUCAUCAGGCCCUUAUAGAUCAGGUUUCGUAUACUUGGAGCUUCGUAAUCUCCCAGCAGGUAGGUAUAUAAUAACUGUAUCAACGUUCUAUCCGGCUCAGGAGGGACCAUUCUUCCUCGAGGUGAAGUCGACGUGUGAAGUUAGCUGCGAGACGCGCAACUAGCGCCCGCGCUGCCACAGACAACAUAUAUCUCAUUUGAAAACUUGUCUAUGAAUAAAAAAUUGUUUUUAAAUUCAUUUCCGUUGACAACAGGGUUAAAUUAUCUUUUAAGUUUAAAUUGCAUUUAAUUAUUAAAUACUGCACACAGUAAAGUAUACAAUUUUUAUUAUUAAAGUCUAAAGGCGCUCGAAACGCAAUUAAAUGCUUUUUUUAUUUUUAUAGGCGAGAUAUUUUUUUACUUUGAAUAUGGAAUUUUAAAUGAAUUAAAAGAUGUUAAGAUUUAUCGUAAGCAGAAUUUUAUUGUUAUUGUUAAUUCAAUUCUCAUGUCAAAAGUAUAACAUUGUUAACAAUACAAAAUACUCGAAGAAUACAUAAAAUAAAGUGUAUUAAAAAGCAAAAAAAUCUAAUUCAUAAUAAGAAAUAAUUAUUAUAAGUAUAUUUUUAUUAGACGUCACUUAAUUUGAUAGACUAUAAUUGUAAAAUAAAAUUAGAUCUGUGCCUUUAGAGGAUAUGUCAAAAUAGCGCGCCAUUUAGAUUUUUUUGUUGUGAUCACUACAAAAACUUUUUUUAUUGCACAAAACCUUUUUAUACACUUAUUUUAAAUUUUAUAGCAUUUUUUUAUAUUAGUUAAUAAAAAUAUAAUAUAUAAGCAUAAUAGAAUCACAGGUAUCAUAACCUCUUUUGAUAUUUAAUUACAGUUUUUUUUAAAGUCAAAUGUUUUAUAGUUCUGUCGCAGCAAUAGCUACCAGUUGCUUGUUCCGCACGCGCUUGCACACUGUGAUAAUCUGUACCAUUUAGUUAUAAAAUCGACAUUGUAAUUAAGAAAUUUAUAAAUAACGUUAGUAAAUAUUUUCAAUUAAAA